AUGAGAUAUCCAGACGCUUUCCUUUCUACGGAACAUUGCGAUGAAACUUCUACUCCAAUUGAUUACAAAACUGUCACGAAAACCGCGUUUUCUUCUACUUCAGAGGGCUUAAAGAAAUCCGAUGAUGGAAGCAGCGAAAAGACGAUUCAGUCGCGACGAAGUGUCACAUUGAGUGCUCCAACCACAGUAAAACGUCCGGCUACACUGUUGAAUGAGAAGAAAACACCAACCUUCAAGGCGUCCAGCGGGUCGGAAUCUCUCAUCACACCCCUUGGACUGGAUUCACACUCAAAAAGCUUCGGGUUGAACUCUGUUGGACCGACUGAACACGAUGGAGAUGCUGUCACACACGGUACAGUUAAAUCACACAACGGCGGAUCAACCGUCUCUUCACGUUGGCGAAGAAUUGGUCGAAUAGGACUGGGCCCUCCAAAGAGAGCCGAAUAUUCAUUAGCCGAUGUAAAAGCUUCAGAUUCACAGGAAUCCGGCGCUGAAGAUGACAUGCAUGAGGGCAAACAGAACCACCAUGUUCCAGCUGCUGGUUCUGACCGGGCAAAUGCCGAAGCAGAAAUCGAGGAUGAACAUUUGCGUAGCAGAAAACUCCGUGCACUUUCGUUUUCCAAAGCAGGAUUGGACUUUAGCAAGUUCGCAGAAGUUGCGCCGCAAACGAAUGCUUCUAAGAAACCGCUAAAUCACAAUUCACUUUUGAACGCCCAGCAGGGUCAAAUGGCAAACCCGUUUUUAGACACACCUGUGGUUGUGCCACAAACUCUGUUUCCUGGUGCUGAAGCUGUUACAAUUUCUGGACACACGUUCAUCAAACUCGGCGUUAUUGGCAAAGGCGGUAGCAGUAAAGUUUUUCGAAUCAUUGCUCCGGAAAACAAGGUCAUCUAUGCACUAAAGGAAGUUGACUUUGAAAACGCUGAUUACGCAGCGGUUCAGGGCUACAAAAACGAGAUUGCCUUAUUAAAAAAGCUUUCUGGUCAUGAGCGGAUAAUCCGUCUCUACGCUGCCGAAGUCAAUGACAUAAAAGGCCAGCUAAGCAUGGUCAUGGAGUAUGGAGAAUGUGACAUGGCUCAUUUGCUGGCCAAAAACAGUCAUCGUCCCAUAAAUCUCCAUUUUAUACGUUUAUACUGGCAACAAAUGUUGCAAGCUGUGCAAGUGGUUCACGAACAGAAUAUUGUUCAUUCAGACCUUAAACCUGCUAAUUUUUUAUUAGUCUCUGGAAGUUUGAAGCUGAUUGAUUUUGGUAUUGCCAAGGCGAUAGAAAACAACACUACAAACAUCCAUCGUGACACACAUGUAGGCACAGUCAACUACAUGGCACCCGAAGCAUUAAUUGAUACGAAUGCCGACGCGACCACUAAUAUCAAGCUCGUAAAGCUUGGUCGCCCCAGUGACGUUUGGAGCUUGGGUUGUAUUCUAUACCAAAUGGUCUACGGACAUGCGCCUUUUGCUCAUUUGAAUAUGAUCAAAGCUAUCGCUGCUAUUCCUGAUGUUCGCGCUCGUAUUAAUUUCCCAGAAACUGCUGUUCCUGCGAGACCUGCUCCUGGCUCUAAUCAAGUCAAUCCCAAGCUUGCUGUUCCUGUUCCGCCAGACCUAAUUCGUGUGAUGAAGAGUUGUCUCGAGCGUGAUCAGCGGAAACGUUUGACCAUACCAGAGCUGCUACGUGAUCCGUUUCUUCAUCCAGGUGAGGCGCCCACAACCACGGCUGUUGCUGAACGGCCAACACGGCCAGAUGCUACAGAAAUUUCGGCAUCACAGUUAUCCAUGAUCAUCGAACGGUCUGUCGAACUGAGUCGUCAACGUCUUUUGUCUAAAGAUGUGAUUUUUGCAUUGGCAAAAGAUUGUAUAUCCAAUCUUCAAAAACAUCCACGCCAGUAA